AUGCCCAAGAGAAAGGCUGAAGGGGAUACCAAGGGUGACAAGGCCAAAGCAAAGGAUGAGCCACAGCGGAGAUCAGCAAGGUUAUCUGCUAAACCUGCUCCUCCAAAGCCAGAACCCAAACCUAAAAAGGCAGCUCCAAAGAAAGGUGAAAAGGUACCCAAGGGAAAGAAGGGGAAAGCUGACGCAGGCAAGGAUGGAAAUAACCCUGCAGAAAAUGGAGAUGCCAAAACAGACCAGGCACAGAAAGCUGAAGGUGCUGGGGAU